AUGCUGAGGCUCCAAGAUCGGCUACCGUACUUCGUGAGCGAGGUUACCUUCACUGGUUUCUUCUUCGUGGAGAUGCUACUUCGGGUGAAUCAGCUCAGCUGGGAGUACUUCAUGGAUGCGUGGAAUGUCUUUGAUUACAGUCUUGUUGUCUUCAGUUGCGCAGACUUGGUCGUCAGCAUGGCCAAGGAAAAUGGCAGCGGCCUGCGAUGGGCAGCAUCGAUGCGCAUCUUCCGGGCCUUCCGGAUCGCUCGCGCGCUGAAGGGCGAGAAAGUAGUCGUGGGCCUCUUCAGAAUAACGCAAGGGUUCAUUGACGCCUUGCCUUCUGUGUUUUGGAUGUCCGGAGCUGCUCUUAUCUUCGUCUACAUGUUGGCGGUGGCGCUGACAUCGCUGGUUGGAGGGGACACUGCCGCCAGGGAGCUCUGGCUUGAGGUGGACCUCUACUGCGGCACCGUCUCAAGGUCUCUGUACACGGUCCUGCAGGUUAUGACCCUGGAUAGUGUCCAUGAGCCUAUACUGAGACCAAUCUUGAGCUUCGCACCGCUUGGCCUCAUUGUCGUGUAUCUGACUAUGCUGAUUCUGAGCUUUGGUACCUUAAACAUUCUCUUGGCAAUCAUGGUGGAGAGGAUGACCAUCAUCUCGCAGGACACCCAGGAAAGCAAAGCUGCCCUCAUAGCCAAGUCGGAAAAAAUGUUGAUGGUGUCCAUGCUGAAGGAAUUUGAUGACUGCGAUGCUGACUUUAAUGGCGAGCUGGAUCUGAAGGAGUUCAGGAAAGUUCUCAGGACCCCUGGAAUGACUGAAAAGUUGAAGUUCCUUGAAGUAGGCGCCAUAGAGGCAGAGAACCUGUUUGAGAUGAUGGAUGUGGACAAGAGUGGGGCCUUGAGCCCAAUUGAGUUCUUAAGUGGCCUUUUCAAGGUGAAGGGACAAGCGAAAGGAGCUGACCUAUGCCGGCUCAUCACUAUCCUGGAAAAGAACAAGAGAAUGUCGCAAGCGUGGGUUGAGAGGAUGAGGCACAUGAACCAGCAAGCAGACAUGAUCCAGUCACGACUCAAUCAGGUGGGUCGAAUACUGGCAGGAGAGCUCAAAGGCCUGACGGAGGCUGCGAAGCGCGCCGACGACACAUGGAGCGGCGCUGCAAAGCGCAAACUUGUGAUCCAGGUCCUGGCAGUGUCUGCGUGGCAAAAAGCAGGAAUGCAGGGUGGAGAAGACGGUCGCGGGAGCCGAAGGAUCUUCCACCACAAGGAGGAUGAGAUGGAUGAGUACGACGAGCAGUUACAAGAGGAUGUCUUCCUUGGCAAGGUGGAUCUCACUUCACAGUUGGAGAUCAAGAACACCUUCUACAACUUGCCGGUAAUGUCCUCCAUGACCUCCGAUGAUGGUGACUCGCAGAAUCCGUGGCAGUCUGCCCCAACUGUGAUGUGUGUCACGGCUUGGCGCACCAAGUGGCCCAACAUGGAAGCCGCACACAAUCGGGGUGAGUGCAAGCCUUGUGCAUACUUCUUGUACAAGCCAGACGGUUGUCGCAACAGUGAUGACUGUCCCUACUGCCAUCUUUGCCGGAAAGGCGAGAUCAAGCGGAGGAAGCGGAAGAAGAUCAAGGAGCUGAAGGCACAAGAUUCGUGUUUGCGCUUGCAAGCGGUGAUCGGCAGCACCCUCCAAAAGCUAUAUAGGUACACCAACCAGCUGAUCUACGAUUACUGUGGAUCGGACUUCGAUGGGAUAAGAUUUCUGGAUAAAGAUGCUCUAUGGCUGGAUUUGGGUGUGAAGAUCCUGUUCUUUGGAACUGUGUGGCAGGCCACAAUGGAUGCCUUAGUCCUCGUGCAGGAAGACAGCAAUCGUCUUGCCCGGGGAGCACUCAUGCUGGGUCCGCAAACAUACGAGGAGCUGUACUUCUAUUUCACCACCUUGGGAAAGGAUACCUUUUUUCCUGGCCUGGCAGAGGGUGGCAACAUGGACACGUCGCAGCUCGAGGCCAUCGUGUCCAAAGGUUUGACGAUGCGUGGCCUCCAAAUGGUGACGCUGAUGAUCCGAACGAUCAUCAUCACUAUAGGGACUUACUUCAACUUGAAGUCCUUGCCUGCACGCCAUCCGCAAGAGCCUCUGAACCAGAUGAGAUACUAUGUGGCUUACUUCGAGGUCAUUGUACUGGGCUGGUAUUGGAGCGUCCUCGUGUUCAGGCUUCUUAUGUGGACUCAGACACCCAACCUGUCAUACAUGGGUGUCCUGCUUGCCAACGCCAUUGAAGACAUCGCGAGCUGGUCGUCUAUGCAGCUUCUGCGGAAUGCUUCUAUGACGCGCCUGUCUGGGCGUGUCACGCGGGUAAUGAAGGAAUGUAAGCUGUUCUUCAACCCGAACAUGCAGUAUCUCAUGGCUCCUUUUGAAGCCAUAGGCUGGUUAGCCGCAGGCAUGUUGGGUGUGUGCGUACUGGCCAUCAAGACAACUCAAAUUGAGUUUGUCUCCCAUGUUCUCAUGUGGGACUAUUCACUCCAGCAAUGGUUCAGACUCGUCAGCUUUGCUAUGUCAAUGGUUUCAAUCUUUAAUUUGGACGAUGAAAGACGGUAUGCAGUGCAAAGAUUUCUUCUGCAUCCGUAUGAAAAUGUUUGCACGGGAAGCCAAAUACCUCCGCCAAUCUUCUUGGCCUGGGAGCAGAAACUGGCUGCCGAGAUAUCUGCUAAGCAGGGCUUUUGGGCAGGCUUUUUCUUCAUGGCGACCUUGACCGCCGACGACUAUCAAAAACUUCUUCUUCCGCAUAUGGAUGAGGAAACACCACCUAAACUCAUGAAGGAGCUUUUGACCGAGCACGUCCUGAGCAAGGAACGCCAGCAGCAAGCGCAGUCGUUGGGCAUGACCGCCGACGAGCUGGAAAAAGUAAAGAAAUGGGCGGCGGGCGAGGAGUCACCUUCAGCCUACUUCGCCACGCUUCCAUCCGGCUACACAGCGCUCCCGCUCAAGACCUAG